AUUCUUGUCGGCCGGCUGUGUACGCAGCACAUAAGACGCCUGCUCCGAGCCGACAGAGACACACUCGAUCCUCACGCGCCCCUACGACCAUCGCUGAAAAAUCUCAAAUCCUAGCCAUGCAAGGUAAUGUGAUGGUGCCAGUUCUUCUGACGCUGGUCGUCGCUGUGACGGGUGUCUGCGCGGCCCCUCUUGACGAGCACGUGGUGUGCCCUCUCGUGGACGGCAAGGGUGUGAAUGCCACGCUGUUUCCGAACAUCUACAACUGCUCCACAUUCUACCUGUGCUCCCAGGGUGUUCCAGAACUCAUCGAAUGUCCUGGCGCCCUGCAAUUCAACCGCAAGCUGAACGUGUGCGAUUUCUCGUGGAGGGCCGCGUGCAUAGCGGUUCCUCUGCCAGAACCCCUGCCGCCAACCACUGAGGCCCCUCCUGCGACCGAGAGGAUUAUCAUCACCCAAGUGGUCAAGGAAAUCAUCAAGCCUGCUGACGACCAGGCCCUGUCUUCAUAGGAAAUAAAACUCGUGUUAAAAAAAAA